AUUCUUGAAUCAACAGGGAAAAGAAGAAUAUAAAGAAAAAAAGAUAUAAAGAGAGAAGGAGAUAUGGGAAGCAAGAAAUAAAUUUACAAAGAAUUUCACUUUCCCAUCUCCUUCUCUUUUGGGUUAUCUGAUUUUGGGUGUUUUUCUUGGAAGCCAACAAGAUUUCAUUUGGCAGAAAUGAGGGACAAAGCUUCUGUGUCUAAGGACCUUAAUCUCAAGCACACCAAGAUAUUGGAUGGUCUUCUUAAGCUGCCUGAGAAUAAGGAGUGUGCAGAUUGUCGAAACAAGGCUCCAAGAUGGGCAAGCGUGAAUCUCGGAAUAUUUAUAUGCAUGCAGUGCUCAGGAAUACAUCGAAGUCUUGGAGUACACAUAUCGAAGGUAAGAUCUGCAACACUCGAUACUUGGCUACCGGAGCAGAUCGCCUUCAUGCAGUCUAUGGACAACGUAAAGGCAAACAGCUACUGGGAAGCUGAAUUGCCAGAAGACCAUGACAGGGGUGACAUUGAAACUUUUAUUCGUACCAAGUAUGAAAAAAAACAGUGGGUUUCUAAAACUGCAAAUCCACCCAACCCAUUAGAUUUUCAAGAUGACACAGAUUUAAUAGAAGGCAUGAUCGAGACUGACAUUCCAAAGAAAGCAAGAAAAUAUUCUCUGGAGGAAGAGGCUAUAACUGAGUACAUGUCACAAGUUAUAACUACAACAAGGCCUGCACAUGGGGCCUCACUUUCGAUGGAUUUAAUGGAAGAGGAUUUUUCUAUAACUCCACCUGCGAAGCCUAAAAGGGAUCCAUCCAUAAGAAAGAGUAAUGCUGGUACAGAUCUUUUCAGUUUGCUCUAUGUCACAGAGGGAAAACAUGAUCGUACUGUCGUACCUCCAUCCCGUUGGGCAACUUUUGACUGAACUGCAUUAAUGGAGAUACAAAGAGAUAAAAACAAUGCCUCAGUAGGUUUCCUGAAGCAACGUUUAACAAAUGGAAGCAGGCAUUGAUUUUCAUCAAAAUGGAACUGAAUCACCGGAAGCACGUUUCACUCUACUCCGCCAUGAUGAGCACGAGACCUUCCAACUCUUUCACCUUAAAAUCACACUCAAAGAGAAAAGUAUCUUAUCCACUUCAUAUUCAGAUUUUUCUACAAUUUAUGAUUUGCAAGAUGUAUGAAAGAAUGUGCUACAGUCAAUAUCAAUCUUCUUUCGUUAUAUUUCAGCUUCUUCAAUCCAUCAUUUUCUUUCUGU